AUGUCGGUCCCGGACUGGCUGUGUUGUAUCCGUGGCUUGUCUCUAAAGGGCAACACUUACUGGUAUGCUCGUGACAAGUUGGCAUCAAGUAGGAUAGAUGUCGCUGAUUUCCUAAUCUGUUUUGAUUUCGAAACGGAGAGGUUUGGACCGCGCCUGCCUCUGCCUUUCCACGGUCUCGUUGGAGACACGGUGACUCUUUCAAGUGUUAGAGAAGAGCAGCUCGCGGUGCUGUUUCAGAAAUUCGGUGCACCUGUAUACACGGUCGAGAUAUGGAUUAGUAGUAAGAUUGAGCCGAAUGCAGUGUCGUGGAGCAGCUUGUUCUUAGCUGUUGAUAUGAGACCACUCAUUGGUGUUCGGUUUAACAAUUACGCUGCGAGUUUCUUUGUUGACGAGGAGGAGAAGCUCGCGGUGGUUCUUCAUAAAGACAGAGGUAGUCCUGGCCCAACAACUCGCAACACGGCUUGCAUCGUUGGAGAUAAUGGCUACUUCAAACAAGUUGAUCUUGGCGAAUCUAAACAGUAUUGUUGUUUUCCCCUUGUGAGCUCUUAUGUUCCUAGCUCAGUGCAAAUCGAGCAACCUGCACACCUUAAUCUAUUAGCUUGUACUGUCUUAUCCAAUCAAAAUGCUGUACAGUUUGUGCUGGAACGCUUUUCUGAAAAGAAAAGAGUAUAG